UGUCCCCUCCCUCCGCUCCGCAGCCGGGGCGGGGGGCUGGAAGCCGGGUCCGGCGACGGGGAGGGAGCCGCGCCGGUGAUCCUGCGGGAGCAGAGAGACGGGGGCGAGAGGGCGCGCCCAAGCAGCCGAAGGCCAAGGGAGGGCGGCCCCGGCCCCCGCCCCUCUCCGGCGCGCCGAGGCGGGAGGGCGGCCCACGAUGCCCGGCCGGCCGCAUGGACACCGCCGCCCGUAGCGGGGCUGCCGCGCCGCACCGCGGGUGAACACUAAAACGUAUUGGAGAUUGUUCUAAACUGAACCAAACAGAGCCUCAACCUUCAGUAUAUGUGCUAACAGAUCCAGGAUAAAGUUUUGAACAGUGCCUCCCCAAGAAGUGUGAUGAGAAAUGGCUUUAGGAAACAAUACCCAGAGAAGUUACUCCAUCAUACCCUGCUUCAUCUUUGUUGAGCUUGUCAUCAUGGCUGGGACUGUUCUGCUCGCCUACUACUUCGAGUGCACAGAUACUUUUCAGGUGCAUAUCCAAGGUUUCUUCUGUCAGGAUGGCAAUUUGAUGAAACCAUAUCCUGGAACAGAGGAUGAGAGCUUCAUUUCACCUCUUGUGCUCUACUGUGUGCUGGCUUCAACUCCAACAGCUAUUAUUUUUAUUGGUGAAAUAUCCAUGUAUUUCAUAAAGUCAACCCGAGAAACCCUAAUUAUCCAAGAGAAAACUAUUUUGACUGGAGAGUGCUGUUACCUGAACCCACUGCUUCGAAGAAUAAUACGUUUUAUAGGAGUGUUUGCAUUUGGACUUUUUGCCACUGACAUAUUUGUAAACGCUGGCCAGGUUGUGACUGGGAACUUGGCACCCUACUUCCUGACUGUAUGUAAACCCAACUACACUGGAAAUGACUGUCGCACCCACCACCAGUUCAUAAACAAUGGUAACAUCUGCACUGGGGAUAUGGAGGUGAUUGAAAAGGCAAGGAGAUCCUUUCCAUCCAAACAUGCUGCUUUGAGCAUCUACUCAGCUUUAUAUGCCACGAUGUACAUCACAAGCACAAUUAAAACAAAGAGCAGCAGGCUAGCCAAACCUGUGCUGUGUCUGGGUACCCUGUGUGCUGCGUUCCUCACCGGGCUAAAUCGAGUUUCCGAGUAUCGAAACCACUGUUCAGACGUGAUUGCAGGCUUCAUCUUGGGUAGUGCUGUAGCUUUGUUUCUGGGGAUAUGUGUUGUUCAUAACUUUAAAGGCACUCAUGGAGCUACUUCUAAACCGAAGCCUGAAGACCCACGAGGAAUGCCGCUAAUGGCUUUUCCAAGAGUGGAAAGUCCUCUGGAGACAUUGAGCGCACAGAAUCACUCCACCUCUAUGACUGAAGUAACCUGAGAUGGAAGACUGGCAACUGAAGUUAUUUUUUAUUACCCUCCAGUACAAUACUCCCAAGACACACAGUUACUAAAUGUCUAACUGUGAUGACCAGUAAUAUGUUAUGUCUAGUUAGAGGCUAAUGUUUUGUACUUUUUUUGUAUGAGGAAGUGAUGUAGCUUGCCCUGAUUUUUUGUCAGCUUUAAUAUUAUUAUGCCAGAAUUUAAAAGCAAAA